ACAUCACCAAAAGGCCGAACACCAUCAAAUUAAAAAUAUUCACACUUUGAAACCAUCAGAUCAUGGCAGAGCAGCAGAAUCACCCCAAUUCCGACUAUGAUCUCGAUACGCCAAUCCCGACGUCCGCGUCUGGACUUCGACAAGGUCUCACGUCCUACGGAGAUGCGCAUUUUUCGUUGUUCUUGAGAAAAGUGUUUAUCAAAGCACUUGGAUAUAGCGAAGAUGCAUUAUCGCGGCCAAUAAUCGGAAUCGUUAAUACAUACUCCAGCUUCAACCCGUGCCAUGCCAAUAUCCCGCAGCUGAUCGAAGCUGUGAAAAGAGGGGUCCAAUUGAAUGGAGGGUUGGCGAUCGACUUUCCCACUAUAAGUAUCCAUGAAAGCUUCUCGAGUCCUACGAGCAUGUUUCUGAGGAACCUGAUGAGUAUGGAUACCGAAGAGAUGGUCAAGGCUCAACCUUGCGACGCUGUCGUGCUCAUUGGAGGAUGCGACAAGACAACUCCGGCGCAAUUAAUGGGAGGUAUUUCAGCCAACAAGCCUAUAGUGCAUUUGGUGACCGGCCCAAUGAUGCCUGGAAGUCACAAAGGAGUCCGCAUUGGUGCCUGUACUGACUGCAGAAACAAUUGGGCGAGUUUCCGCGCUGGAACCAUUGAUCUGGAGGACAUAUCUGCCAUCAAUGAAGAGUUGGCACCAACGGCUGGAACGUGCGGCGUCAUGGGAACUGCAAGUACUAUGGCUUGUAUCCUGGCAGCUUUGGGCAUGAUGCCAUUCAAAGGAGCAACUGCGCCGGCCGUAUCGUCAGCUCGUCUUAGGAUCGCUGAGGAGACUGGAAAGCUUGCAGUGCAGGCAGCCGCUACAAAGCUGAAGCCGCAGCAAUUGCUGACUAGGGAGUCUUUCCUCAAUGCUAUCACGGUUCUUCAGGCCAUAGGGGGUUCAACUAACGCUGUUGUGCAUUUGCUCGCCAUUAUCGGAAGACAUCCCGACAUCGCAGGCACCAUAACGCUAGACACGAUUGAUGAAAUCGGCCGGAAAACGCCUCUUCUGGUAGAUUUGAAACCGAGUGGACAAAAUUAUAUGAACGAUUUCCAUAAUUCCGGUGGCAUGUUAGCCUUACUGCGCAGACUCAAGCCUUUACUGCAUCUCAAUGCAAUGACGGUGUCCGGCCGAACUCUGGGUGAGGAGAUUGAAUCAACACCACUCAUCCCCGUUCCCCAGGAUAGCCCGACGAUGUGCAUUCAGCCCUUCGAGAAACCACUUUACGAUGCAUCGUCCCUAGUAGUGCUGCGUGGAAAUCUUGCCCCCGGCAGUGCAGUCAUGAAGGCAAGUGCUUCCAAGGACCGCCGGCUACUACGCCACAAAGGUCGUGCUGUGGUCUUCGCAAAUUCCGCGGAUCUCGCCAUGAGAAUCGAUGACCCAAACCUAGAGGUUGAGGCAGACAGCAUAUUAGUGCUUCAGAACAUUGGGCCUGUAGGAAAUCCAGGCAUGCCAGAGGCGGGGUUGAUUCCAAUUCCUCGCAAGCUUGCAGAGAAGGGUGUGCAGGAUAUGCUGCGGCUUUCAGACGGAAGAAUGAGCGGUACUGCUGGAGGUACCAUUUGCUUGCACAUAUCACCAGAGUCGGCCGAUCCAGACUCAGUUUUAGGGAUAGUGAGGACUGGAGACAUCAUCGAAUGCGAUGUUGAGCAGCGAUUACUGCACCUCGAACUUUCGGACGAGGAGAUCCAAAAAAGAAUAGAGUCAAGGAAGCAAGAAUCCGGACCGAUCGGAAAAGCAGCGCAACAAAACACGAGAGGCUAUCGCGGUUUGUACAUGCGGUCGGUGAACCAAGCACACGAAGGUGCAGACUUCGAUUUCCUAACAGCUGCUGGUCCUUCGUAGCGCCAUAAUAAGCUUAGAGAUACCAGAAU